GUGACACUUCUGGACAUAACUCUGCCAGCGUUCCAGAUUGUUGGCCACCCAGCUGCUUAAUUUGAUCAAAUAAAGUGCUGCUUGAUCAAGAAGUCUCCGCUUGGGUUAUCUGAUUAGACUGAUACGGUAUCUCAAUUUUAAGUAAGGGAUUGGGAUCUUACAGGCAAACAGCUUUCCUCGCAGAGUUGAAGCUAUGGUUCUGAUCAGACUGCUAGUAAACCUUCUGAUACUGCAGCUUUCUUAUGCACAAAAGUCUUCUGAACUGGUCGUUGGAGGUGAUGAAUGUAACAUAAAUGAACAUCGUUCCCUUGUAGCCAUCUUUAACUCUACCGGGUUUUUCUGCAGUGGGACUUUGAUCAACCAGGAAUGGGUGGUCACUGCUGCACACUGCGACAGUACAAAUUUCAAAAUGAAGCUUGGUGUGCAUAGCAAAAAGGUACCAAAUGAGGAUGAGCAGACAAGAAACCCAAAGGAGAAGUUCUUUUGUCCCAAUAAGAAAAAAGAUGAUGUACUGGACAAGGACAUCAUGUUGAUCAAGCUGGACAGUCCUGUUAGCAACAGUGAACACAUCGCGCCUCUCAGCUUGCCUUCCAGCGCUCCCAGUGUGGGCUCAGUUUGCCGUAUUAUCGGAUGGGGAUCAAUCACACCUAUUGAAAAGACUUUGCCUGAUGUCCCUUAUUGUGCUAACAUUAACCUACUCGAUGAUGCGGUGUGUCAACCACCUUAUCCAGAAUUGCCGGCGACAAGCAGAACAUUGUGUGCAGGUAUCGUGCAAGGAGGCAAAGAUACAUGUGGGGGUGACUCUGGGGGACCCCUCAUCUGUAAUGGACAAUUCCAUGGCAUUGUAUUUUAUGGGGCGCAUCCUUGUGGCCAAGCUCUUAAGCCUGGUGUCUACACCAAGGUCUUUGAUUAUAAUGACUGGAUUCAGAGCAUUAUUGCAGGAAAUACAGCUGCAACUUGCCCCCCGUGAAAACUGUAAAUGUAACAUAUUAGUACAUCUCUUCUAUAUCCCUAACCAUAAUCAAAUGCAUUGGAAUAUAUUCCCAGGCAGUAAGCUUUUUUUAGACUCAAAUAGGACUGCCUUUGGAGUAAGAAAUGCUCAAAAUAGUGCUGUAGGGAUCAUGUCCCAUUUAAUUUCAGUAUAAAACAAUCUCAGUAAAAUGGAGACCAGUUUUAGGAUGAGGUGCAAAUUUUUCUGAUUCAAAAAUGGACCAUUCCAAAUAUUUUAAGCUCUGAAUAUCUUUCCAUUUCUGUCCACUUCUGGGACAGUGGGGUCCUUGAUGCUCUCUGAGCUUCUCUUCUUGCAGACGUUUCAUUACCCAGCUAGGUAACAUCAUCAGUGCUAGAAUAUUCUCUUCUAUUGUUAGUUCUGUGGCAUUUACAAUACGCUCAUAUGGAGUCACCCCACAAACAUAUCCAUAUACCCAGGUCCCACUGUUGCCUAAAAAGGAUCCCAGAUUAAGCCCCACUUCCCAAUCACUAAAUAGAAUCUUUUGAGAAUAUGUUUUCAUGUAAAUUCUCAAGUAACCACAGCAAUAAAAUUGUAUAAAUCAUU